GGCACCGGGACACACCCCCGCCAAAAGUGGGCCCGCCAGGAUGGAGCCGGGCGUGAUCUGUAAACUGGACCAGGUGGUCGUGAACCGGAUUGCGGCCGGAGAAAUCAUACAACGGCCAGCGAACGCACUGAAGGAAAUGAUGGAGAACAGUCUCGAUGCGCACUCGACCAGCAUACAAGUUACGGUGAAAUCGGGUGGACUGCGGUCCCUUCAGAUCCAGGACAACGGCACAGGUAUCCGGCGUGAGGAUCUGGCGAUCGUCUGCGAACGGUUUACGACAUCGAAGCUGAAAUCGUUCGACGAUCUUUCCUCGAUUAGCACGUACGGGUUCCGGGGUGAGGCACUGGCCAGCAUCAGCCAUGUGGCGCACCUUACGAUCGUGACGAAAACCAAGACGGAAAAGUGUGCCUUCAAAGCGUGCUACGAGGAUGGACGGCUGAAGGGAGACAUAAAACCGAUUGCGGGCAAUCAAGGCACCCAAAUCACGGUCGAUGAGCUGUUCUACAAUGUGCCGAUGCGGCGGCAAGCGUUGAAAACACCGAACGAGGAGUUCCAGCGAAUCUCGGAUGUGGUGAGCCGGUACGCCGUGCACAAUCCGCAGGCCAGCUUUGUGCUGAAAAAGUUUGGCGAAACGGCUAGCAUCCGGACGGUGGCCGGAGCGACGGUAGCGCACAACAUCGGAGCGAUCUAUGGGGCCAGCAUCGGGAAAGCGUUGAUACCGGUCGAGCUGAAGGACGACGUGCUGCAGCUUACCGUCGAUGGGUUCGUGACGAACGUGAACUUUUCGCUGAAGAAACCAAUCUUCCUGCUGUUCAUUAACCACCGAUCGGUUGAAUGUAGCGCUCUGCGGAAAGCCAUCGAUGCGAUCUAUGCGUUGUAUCUUCCGAAGGGCACCUCACCGUUCCUGUAUCUGUCCCUCGAGCUCAAUCCUAACAACGUGGACGUGAACGUACAUCCGACCAAGCACGAGGUUCACUUUCUGCACGAAGAAGAGAUCGUAGAGAGGAUUAAGAUGCUCGUGGAACGUGUCCUCUUGGGGGGCAAUGCAGCACGCACGUACACGCAGGCGUUACUUCCCGGAGCACCGGAACCCUUGAACGACACCACCACGAAGGCAAAUGAAUCGACCGCAGCCGGUGGUGCCGAUGAGAAGCCACGGCUUGACUACAAAUACGUCCGCACCAGUCACAGCGAGCAGAAGCUGGAAAAGUUUUUCGGUAUGAGCCAGAUCAAGAGUGAACCUGGGGAGGAAGGGGAGAAGCAGCUGGACACAACUCUACCUAAGCUCACCCAACCAUCUCCGUCGAGGAAGAAGAAAGUGGUCAAAGAAACCCGGCUAACGAGUGUACGCAACUUACGACAGCAGAUCGAGGAAGGCUGUGAUGAGAAUCUGCGAAGAAUCUUCCGCGAACUGACCUUUGUCGGUACGAUCGAUCGGGAGCAGGCACUGAUCCAGUACGACACCAGGAUGUUCAUUGCGGCCACACAACCACUGGCCGUCGAGUUGUUUUAUCAGCUGCUGGUGUUCAAUUUUGGAAAUUUCGAACGAUUAACUCUCUCCGAGCCGCUGGAGAUACGUCGAUUGGCACUGCUCGGACUGGCCAAUCCCGAGAGUGGCUACACCGAGGAGGAUGGUCCGGUGGAAGAAUUGGCCGAUCGUGUGGUGGAGAUUCUUGUCGAGAAGGCGGGCCUUUUGAAGGAAUAUUUCAAUCUUUCCAUUCGGAGUGAUGGUUAUCUGGAGUCGUUACCGGUACUGCUCGAUAGCUACAUUCCUUCCGUCGUCUUUCUUCCGAUGUACGUGCUCCGGCUGGCCACCGAGGUCGAGUGGGACGAGGAGCAGGAAUGCUUCCGUACGUUUUGCCGUGAAACGGCCACAUUCUUCGCACGGAUCGCUCUCACGAAACCGGACAAGGAGUACCGGUGGGAGGUAGAGCACGUGAUCUAUCCGGCCAUACGCAACUAUCUCAUUCCACCGGGCUCGUUCGCAAAGAACGGCUGCUUGCUGCAAAUUGCCAAUCUACCGGAGCUCUAUCGAGUUUUUGAGCGAUGUUAGCGUAUAUCGGGGGGAGACAUGUUUUUACUAUUUGAUUUACAUUUUAUCAAUCGUUUUUGAUCUUAAGAUGAGUUUUAUACAACAAUAAAUAACACAAACGAGCUUUAGUUA